UUACGCACACAAGAACCACGCUGUGGAAACGAGCUGAUUUCAGAUUCAGCCGCUGGUGGAGACGCACACAGAUUCUCCUCCGUGCUGGAUUAAAGUGUGACACUGCCGCAGACCUUCCCUCUUGAUGACAGACGACCUCCGUGAGCGGAACAGAAAGGCGAUCCCCGGAGCCUGGCUGCACCCUCCGCAGAUCUUCUUGACGUCCACACGUCGAGAGUCAACCACACGACUCCUAUCGACACCCCCACCCCCCACCACGCACACACACCCUUAUUUUUGUUUUGUUUUUGUUUUGGGUUUUUGUUUGGGGACUUUAACAUUUUUGCCGUUGAAUUUGCUGCUGGGUCACCGACUUUGGCAUGAGCCAAAUUAAAGAUCUUUUUAUGUUUUGUGACAUGUAGUAGUCACGUUGCCCAAUCGACGGUGACUCAAUCCAUGCCGUGGAAUUCUUGAACUCAUUCCUGUUUAAUCCCAAAGUGAUGUGAAGCGCUUUUUCGCUUCUACGAGUGGGAAGAUUGGUGGGGAAAAACUGACAUUGCAUCGUCCAAGAUGGAUUUUGUGUGCUCACUGCUGGGAUGCUUAUUGGCAUUUUGUCAUGUGGCGCUGCAUGUAAGAGGAGAAGACGCAGUAUCUGAGUGUAGGGGUAUUUUCGAUGCCAGCAUGGCCGGAUACAUUACCUCUCCCGGAUACCCUCUGGAAUACCCGCCUCAUCAGAAUUGCCAAUGGGUCAUCACAGCUCCAGAACCCUCGCAGCGCAUCGUCCUCAAUUUCAACCCACACUUUGAGAUCGAGAGGCUGGAUUGCAAGUACGACUUCAUUGAGAUCCGAGACGGGACUUCUGAAAAUGCAGACGUCUUGGGUCGGCACUGCAGCAACAUAGCCCCACCACCAAUCAUAUCAUCGGGUCCUUCUCUCCAGAUACGAUUUGUGUCUGACUACGCCCACCAAGGAGCGGGCUUCUCUCUGCGCUACGAAAUCUUUAAAACAGGGUCAGAAUUCUGCUUCCGCAAUUUCACCAGCAGCUCCGGAAUGAUCGAGUCACCGGGUUUCCCUGAUAAAUACCCCCACAAUCUGGAGUGCUCGUACAUGAUCAUUGCUCCAGCCCACAUGGACAUCAGCCUCACGUUCCUGACAUUUGAUCUGGAGAACGACCCCCUGUUGGUGGGAGAGGGUGACUGCAAAUACGACUGGUUGGACGUGUGGGACGGCCUGCCCCAAGUGUCUCCGCUGAUCGGACGAUACUGCGGUACAAAGAUCCCUCCAGAGAUUCAGUCAUCAUCUGGGCUGCUCUCCCUUUCUUUCCACACGGACAUGGCAGUGGCCAAAGAUGGCUUCUCUGCCCGAUACAACAUGACUCGCAAAGAAGUCAGCGGCUCAUUUCACUGUAGCCUGCCACUCGGCUUGGAAUCGGGGAAGAUCAGUGACGAUCAGAUAAGUGCCUCCACAACCUUCUACGACAACCGCUGGUUGCCCCGCCAAGCUCGCCUCAACAACCACGACAAUGCCUGGACGCCCUCAGAGGACAGCAACAAAGAGUACAUUCAGGUUGACCUCCACUUCCUCAAGGUGCUGACGGGCAUCGCCACCCAGGGGGCCGUUUCCAAAGAGACCCAAAAGUCUUAUUAUGUCACCACCUUCAAGCUGGAGGUCAGCACCAAUGGGGAGGACUGGAUGAUCUAUCGGCAUGGCAAGAACCACAAGGUUUUCCAUGCCAAUACAGACCCAGCCGAGGUGGUGCUCAAUCGCGUACCGCAGCCCGUUUUGGUGCGGUUUGUGCGUAUCCGACCACAAACGUGGCGUAAUGGCAUUGCUCUGCGCUUUGAGCUCUACGGAUGCCAAAUUACAGAUGCUCCGUGUUCCAGCAUGCAGGGCCUGCUGUCCGGUCUUCUGCCUGACAACCAGAUCUCGGCCUCCUCUAGCAGGGACAUGGUCUGGAACCCCAGUUCAGCCCGGUUAGUGGCCAGUCGCUCUGGCUGGUUCCCUGCACCGUCACAGCCUCUUGCUGGAGAAGAGUGGCUUCAGGUUGACCUGGGUGUGCCUAAAACAGUGCGGGGAGUGAUCACCCAGGGAGCAAGGGGAGGAGAUGCAGCAAGUGGAGGAACCACAGAGAACCGGGCUUUUAUCCGGAAGUACAAAGUUGCUUAUAGCAUCAAUGGAAAAGAAUGGAAUUUCAUCAUGGACAGAAAGACCAGCCAGUCCAAGAUUUUUGAGGGUAACACACAUUAUGACACUCCAGAGCUGCGUCAUUUUGAGGAGACGGUUGCUCAGUACAUUAGACUUUACCCUGAGCGGUGGUCUCCGGCAGGCAUUGGGAUGAGAGUGGAGAUACUGGGCUGUGACCUUCCAGAAAUUACCACACUAGCAGAUACAACCAUGGCCACAGUUCCUGCUCAGACCACCACUCCCAUGGCAUCCACCACAGUGGUCACCGCUCCACCAGCAGAAGGCAUGUGUGACUUUGAUUAUGGUCUGUGUGGAUGGAUGCAUGACCCUAGUGCCCCCCUCCUCUGGUCCAUGCACAGUGAUGAGCUCAACAGUCAUCUGUAUAUUGAAGCCAGCCCAAAGAGAGAGCAGCAGCAAGCCCGCCUCCUGAGCCCCCUGGUGGCAGCUGAUACCGGGCCUGUCUGCCUCCUCUUUUCCUACCAAAUGUGGGGGGGGGGACGGGGGCACCUCAGAGUCCUGCUGCGGGAUUCCCACAAUGAGGAAACCAUCCUAUGGUCUCUGAAAGAUGACCAAGGCCCAGUCUGGAAGGAGGGCCGCACUAUCCUGCCUCGUUCACCUAAAGACUACCAGGUUGUGAUGGAGGGCUCCUUCACGCACAGCACUAGAGGACAGGUCUGGAUUGACAACAUCCACAUGAGCUCCAGCACACCACUGGAGGAGUGCACACAACCCAUCAACGCCAUCUCUCCAGAUAUGACCGCAGUCAAGACACCUAAUCAGUUUGGAGAUGUGCAGCUCGUGAGUGGCAGAGAACCACUAGGUGGAGGUUUACACUUUCCAGAAUGGAACACAGCGUUGCCAUCAUUGGAACCGCCGGUGACUCCAGCCUCAGAGAAGGACAGUUCAUGGCUGUACACGUUGGACCCCAUUCUUGUCACGAUCAUUGUGAUGAGUUCUCUGGGUGUCCUACUUGGUGCAGUGUGUGCAGGUCUCCUCUUAUACUGUACCUGCUCCUACAGUGGUCUGUCCUCACGUUCCUCCACCACACUGGAGAACUACAACUUUGAACUCUACGACGGCCUCAAGCAUAAGGUCAAACUGAACCAGCAGCGCUGCUGCACUGAGGCAUGAGGAGGAAGAGAGACAAAACAAUGUUUUUUUGAAAGCCACUCACGAUUGUCUUCAUUUUCUCCUAGCUUCACCAUCGUGUCAGCUGUCUUCCUCAAGGAAACGGAUCCCUGGACACAUGAACAAGUUUGCCACAUAUUUGCUCGAGAGAGCGAUCCUUUUCCUGUUGGAAUAAUGGCACAGUCAAAUAUUUUUUGGUGAAAGCAACAAUUCCAAGGACUCACACAUCGAAAUAUCUACACAUAUCACUUCCUGCCCCACUAAAAGUGAAAUGUUUCUAAAUGAUCGUCAUAGAUUUGUAAGAGUUAUAGUUUUGGAAGUGCACAUACCAAGUGAAAAUAUUGUGUUGGAAAGGUGGUAGGUUAGGAACUUGCUUAGCAAACAUCAUUUUUGGUUCACACAUGUGAACAUGUUGGCCCAGAACCUAGCUUCUCUUGUCUGACCUGUUGACUUUUUUUUCCAUUGUGGACACUUCUCCUCAUUGGGCUUGCCCUGCGCCCUGGUAUUUUUAGUUACUAAUAUCCCACAACUUUGUAUUUCUGCACUCGGUCUCCUUCUGUUUAAUGUUUCUGUUUUGGCCCAUGGCCAAUUAGUGAUUAGCUGAUAAGAGGUUAAGAAAGUGGCUGGUGUGAAGGUUGGUGAGGCGUUUUUUUUUUUUUUUAAUGACAUGGGGAGUUAUAGUCAUUGGAGAAAAGGUAAUGUUUUCUUUGUACUUAAUGGAGAAAGGUCUAGGAGUUUUUGUGGGUGCAUCCUAUGGAUUGCUGCUGAGGGCAGGGACCGACGACUGUGGAGGAGAGACAAAACAAGGAGAAGCGGACAUGGGCCGUGAGUGAAAGAACGUCAAGCACUCCACGCGUCAAUAUGUUCCAACUCUGUGCCAAAGACGAGACGCAAACGUGCAGCCAGAAAGUUCUCGUCUCAUUGGCAUGACAACACGCCACUGGACACACAUGAAGCCUUAACCUGGAAAAAAAUCAAGCGGACAUACUGAGGAGACACCAAGGUGAGAGCAUAUCCCACUUUGGCGCAGAAAAGCCAUAUGAAGGACCUAUCCCACCACGAUCUUGAACAUUCAAUGCACAAACCUGACUCAACCGCAUGACCAAUGAUGGUUUGUUUUAUUAUGUUGUCUAUGUUUUUCUCUAACAUGUACAGCAGGCGGCACGUUGGGACAUCAGCCUCACAGUUCUGUUGACCGGGGGUUCAAAUCCCAGGCCCGCCUGUGUGGACUUUACAUGUUCUCCCCAUGCCUGCGUGGGUUUUUCUCCGAGCACUCUGGUUUCCUCCCACAUUCCAAAAACAUACAUUCAUUGGAAACUCUAAAUUGCGCCGAGGUAUGAUUGUGAGUGCGACUGUUGUUUGUCUCUAUGCACCCUGCAAUUGGCUGGCAACCAGUUCAGGGUGUACCCUGCCUUUUGCCCAAUGAUAGAUUGGAUAGGCUCCAGUAGUCCUGCGACACUUGUGAGGAUGCGUGGCUCAGAAAAUGGAUGGACUGAUGUUCAGAACUCAUAAAGCAAGGUGAGCAUUCUUUGAAAACACCCUGCACAUAAAUGGACUAAGUGUUGAAACGGGAGAAGGAGAGAAAAUAUUGAUUUUGCAGUGAUGCUACUUUCAAAAUUUCAAAAGAUUUUGCAGCCCUAGCUACUCGUGAGUUUGCAAAUGGAACACAUUUCAAUGUGCAAAUUCCCAGGCUAUAUCGUGGCGCAAAUUGUUUUUGAGUUUUAUCCUUCUGAAGGACUGAAUAUGCCCUGCUUUGCUGCGCAGUAAAGGGGCACGGAGUUCAAUUCCUAUGAUACUGACGUAACAGAAUUUUGAUAUCAGUCAGAACACUGUGGUGUAACACGAAUGUUGUAGUAGUCAUAAUUACAGAAACUAUAUGAAAAACACUUUUAGGCCAUUAAUUGUAAAAUAUAAUGAAAAUAAAUGGAAAAACUGAAGUAGCCCACGGUGAUAAGAGAACAGACCUUCUAGUAUUUAGAGCACAACCAUCAUCAGUCAAAACAAAUGUUUCUUAAAUAUUUAUGGGUGUUGCAUCCCAGCUUGGGAACCUCAUAGAUUGAACCAGCUGUAAAAUACAAAUCAUCAACGUCUUCAUUGUCAUCCUUAACGCAAAGCUGAUUUCUCAUCAAGUUUCGCUGUUAAGUACACUGACUUGAGUGUGAAUUCCAGUACCUUUAUGUAUUUUUGAAAAAUAGCGUCUUUACACGUUUUGCUGAUGUUUUUGGCAUAUAAGCCCAUCAAAAACUUUAACUAAGAUGCCUGAGGUGUGUAUUUGAGCCUGGAGAAAGUAUGAAGAAACAUCCCUACCAUACGGUCCACAUUUUGUAUACAGUCAACAUUGCAUCUGUAUCGAACAGACACACGCCCACACAAACUAGUCCUCUCCUGAGGCUAACUUCUCUGGACCACAUUGACUCUCUUCAAAGUGCCUUGGAGCCAGUUCCAGACAGUCACAUGACACUGAGAGUGACCAUGUUAGCAUCCCUUUUGACUUAGGGGGACCAAACACAUUUGAAAACAAGACCUCCUCUUGCACUGCUUGGACUGCUGCUGCUGUUGCUGUUAUUUUAAAGGGGUGUUUGUACAGAAAUGCGCUUUUUAUGAUUGUUUUGAUUGUUGUUA